CACAGCUCCACUUACCCACGUAGCCCACGCAGGCCAAGUUCAAAACACUAUCAAGUUAUGAUAAAUUUGUAAACCAUGCCCAGUAGUCAUCGUCUAUCAUUUUCUUCUUUCGAGCAUGCGGCAUAAUUAAUGCAAAUUCAAUUCCAUGCACUUGAUAUGGUGCUUAGCUUGAUAUUGCCUUGCUCCCCUCAUUAUUCUUAAUUACAUUUUUAGCAACUUUGAUUCAUCUUACUCAGGAGAUUGAGGCCCGCACACCAUUGCUUCUAGGGUGAGUUAGGGCCAAUAGCAUGGAAGAUAUGACAAUGCAAUUCCAUAGAAAGUAUAUACGGAAAUAUCAAGUUACUUGUGAAUUGAGGAAUCACUUUUGUAAAGUCAAGAACAACGGUAUCUAUGAAGACGGAUCGGAGUUGAUGCUCGAUCCUCCUCCACUUCUAAAUAUGUGCACUUAUUCUUAUCAUACGAAUCAUGUACAUGCAUUCGAUCUGAACACAACAUCAGCUACCGGAAAUUAUCAAAUCUAUUCUUACAAGUUCAUUCAAAAGUUAGUAGAUGUGCAAUUCAAACUGUUGUUUGAGGAUCCGAGCGGCCAUUGAAGAAGAAGAAGAUCACAAUGUUAAUUAGCAAAUGAAUCGGUCAUCAUGUCAAUUUUUUUCCGUCUGAAUUAUCACUGUGUAUCACAAUCUUUGUAUCACUUUGUAUUAUGAAUCUAUCACUUUUGUGCAAUAUUUGUGCCUUUGAGUUACUCUAUUUCAAAUGUUAACUAUUUAAUAUUAUAGUACUCCACUACCUAAUAGAUUCAAAUUCGCACAUUGUAUUAAUUGAAGUUAUAUGUUG